CGUCGACACGUCUCCUUUUCUUCUAUAGACUGCAUAUUCUGCCCGCGUCUGAUGUCCCUGCUGGCGCCCCUGCCGCAAUGAACACCGCCUCCGAGUUCUCAGACCCCCUCGUAUCCGAUACCCCGCUGCCUUUUGACCAGUUAUGCACCCGCAUUGAUGACCGCAUUUCGGCCUUCCUCGACGCGCAAAAUGUAUCCGACCGCGUGAAGAACGUCCAACAGCAGACCCGCACGUCGCUGCAGGUGAUUGCCGACGCCUUGGAGCGCUACAGUCUCCCCGAGCUCUCGCUAUCCUACAACGGCGGCAAGGACUGUCUUGUCCUGCUCAUACUCUACCUGUGUGCUCUGCACCGCCGCGGCCUGGCCCAAACCAAGGACCCCUCGUCGAGCCCCGAGACCGCCGUCCAGUGCGUCUACAUUCAAGACGCACAUCCCUUUCCCGAGGUGGAGGAGUUUGUCGUUCACAGUAGCAAGAUAUACUCGCUCUCUUUGCUCGAGUAUGCAAAGCCUAUGAAGGCUGCCUUUGCCGACUAUCUGAGAGACACCCCCUCAGUCAAGGCCAUAUUGGUCGGCACACGCCGGACAGACCCACAUGGCCAGCACUUGAAGCAUUUUGACCCCACGGACUCGGGAUGGCCCCCGUUUGUACGGAUACACCCUGUUAUAGACUGGCACUAUGUCGAAAUAUGGACAUUUAUACGGUAUCUCAACAUACCUUACUGCUCUCUCUAUGAUCUUGGAUACACCUCGUUAGGUGGAACGACCGACACGCAUCCGAAUCCGAAGCUUGUGCGACAACCAUCUGCGCAACAAGUGCCACAAGCUGGGGUUGUGAAUGGGACAUCAAAGCCCAAGUUCAGACCGGCUUACGAGCUGAUAGACGACUAUGAAGAACGACUCGGAAGGGAUAGAUAGACAAAAAAUACACAAUAGCUUCGCACCUAGACACUGUCACACGCGCAAUACCACAACUCUACACAACUAGCUGCUGGUUCCUUAUCUUAUGGCGUUCAC